AUGGCAGAGUCUUUGUGUCUUGUGUCCAGUCUGCAGACGUUGGAGGGCUGUGAGGUGCUGCUGGGCCCGGAGGUCACGUAUGGUCCUCCGGGUUUAGACCUGCUCAGUCCGGUGGCCCUGACCAUGGCUCAUUGCGCAGAGAUGGACUCCACGGACCACUGGAACAUCCAGCUCAAGAGGAGGACCCCGGACAGCAAGUGGGAGCGGGCUGAGUGUGAUGGCUGCACACCUGAGCUCCUCUUCCUCCUGCGGCUGUCACACCAAUCUGAUCAUGCACAAGGGGAACGCGCCCUCUUGGGGGGGCGCAGAGCAAUUGCAUGGGGGGCCCGGGACGAAAAAUUGCAACCCAGAUUUGACAAGAUCUACAGCAUGAAGCAGGUCCACAUCAGCCACUGA